AUGCUCCUCCUCCGGCGCUGCUGCCACCACGUCCCCCCUCGCCGCGCCGCUCCUCCCCUCCCGGCCAUCCACCGCGUCGCGAUGUCCUCCGCCCCCGCCUCCCCCUCCGCGACGCCGUCCUCCUCACCGGCGGCGGAGUACCACUGCCGGACCAAGCACAGCCUGACGGCCGGCUACGCGCGCGGCCCGGGCCGCCUCGACUGGGCCAACCAGCCCAACCCCUUCCUCCGCUUCUCGCCUUCCCCCGCCACCCCUCUCCCCAACCCGCCGCCCCCGGCGCCCGUUCCCUACCCGGCCCUCUUCCACGCGCCGCCCCCGCCGCCGCGGCCGCUCUCGCUCGACUCCCUCUCCGACCUCCUCUUCCACUCGCUCGCCCUCUCCGCCUGGAAGUCCGCCGGCGCGUCCACCUGGUCCCUCCGCGUCAACCCCAGCAGCGGCAACCUCCACCCCACCGAGGCCCACGUCCUGUUCGAGGACCCGCGGGAGCCCAGCCGCCUCGUCCUCUCCCACUACGCGCCCCGCGACCACCUCCUCGAGGCCCGCGCCACCCUGUCCGCCGGGGACCGCUCGGCGCUCCUGCCGCGGCCGGCCACCGCAGUGCUCGCGCUGUCGUCCGUCUUCUGGCGGGAGGCCUGGAAGUACGGCGAGCGGGCGCUGCGGUACUGCAACCACGACGUGGGCCACGCGCUGGCCGCGGUCGCCCUGGCCGCAGCCACUCUUGGGUGGGAUGCGCGGUUGCUCGACGGCUUGUCCGAUCAGGACCUUGGGAGGCUAGUGGGGGUUGACAAAGGGUGCCCUGCCCCUGCUCCUGCAGACAAAAUCAAAAUGGUGAGUGGCAAGAAGGGGCCAGCGCCAUGGGUGGAGAGGCAACACCCAGAUUGUGCUCUCCUGUUGUUCCCUGCGGGCUCAGAAGAGCCGGAGGUGGACUAUGGGAGGAUGAGUGAUGCUCUGAGGGAAUUCGAUGAGUUGGAGUGGGUGGGCAAGGCGAAUGCGCUCAGCAAGGAUCAUGUGGUGUGGGAUGUCAUUUACAAGACGGCAGAGGCUGUCAAGAAACACCAACCUAUGCCUGGGGAGGGCUUCUCGGUGAGCCCGUGGAACACGAGCUCCAAAUUGUCGGAAGGGCUGUAUAAGGAUCUCACGGCGCAGGAGGUGGUACGGCGGCGGAGGAGCGCGGUUGACAUGGACGGGGAGCACGUGAUGGGGAAGGAGGAAUUCUAUCAGAUACUGCUGCAUUGCCUGCCUUCAGGCGAGGUUAGCCCGGGGGGGCGACAGGGACCACAGAGCGCUCUACCAUUUCGCGUGUUGCCAUGGGACGCAGAGGUGCACGCCGCACUGUUUGUGCACCGUGUCUCAGGACUGCCCAAGGGGCUGUAUUUCUUGGUUAGGAACGAAGAGCAUUUUGAUACAUUACGACAUGCUAUGCGACAAGAUUUUGAGUGGGCUCGACCAGAGGGAUGCCCUGAUGGCCUCCCACUCUACAGGCUGAUGAAAGGGGAUUGCCAGAGGUUGGCAAUGCAGAUAUCAUGUAUGCAGGAUAUUGCCUCACAUGGAUGUUUUAGCCUUGGGAUGAUUGCUCGAUUUGAACCUGUGCUGGAUGACAAAGGUGAAUGGAUGUAUCCUCGUUUAUUCUGGGAGACUGGUGUUCUUGGUCAAGUUCUCUACCUUGAGGCGCAUGCUGUAGGGAUAUCUGCCACGGGGAUUGGUUGCUACUUUGAUGAUGCUGUUCAUGAGGUUCUUGGUUUGAAAGACCUGGAGUUCCAAAGCUUGUACCAUUUUACGGUGGGUGCCCCUGUGGUUGACAGGCGGAUCAUGAGUCUCCCUGCGUACCCAGGGCCAGGGAUUGAUGCAUGA